UGACAGUGGCAAAGGCAGCAACACUAGCGGCAAACACUUUCAAACGAAACAGUUGCGCGUUCGCCACAAGCGGAAACGGAAGUAAACAUUGAAACGGAUAGAUAGAACCGCUACGCGCGCGCCUAUUUGAUAUUUAAUCAACGUUUUACCCAGAAGCCAGUGACGAGACCCGAUUCGAUCCACACAUCCCACAUUGGAGGCGAAAAUAAAUCAAUUAUCUGCGCGCGCGUUGUAAUAAAAAAGAGUUAAAGUGCAUUUCCUAAAUAUACCGACUUUUUUGACUCCGUUUGUUGCAUUGGAUCAACGAUCGCCGUUGACGGUGGAUUCCUCCUGCCCCAAACGGAAAAAAUGCGAUAUGGAUCGAGAGCGCGAAAGAGAUGUCAAGGCCCUGGAGCCACGCGACUUGUCAUCCACGGGCCGCAUUUACGCCAGAAGCGACAUUAAAAUCAGUGCUUCACCCACCGUCUCGCCAACGAUCUCAAAUUCCUCUUCGCCCACACCGACGCCACCCGCCAGUUCCUCAGUGACGCCGCUGGGGCUGCCGGGGGCGGCGGCGGCCGCUGCCGCUGUGGCAGCUGCUGCAGCCGGAGGCGCCGGCUCGGCGGGGGCCAGUUCCUAUUUGCAUGGCAACCACAAGCCCAUCACAGGCAUACCCUGCGUGGCGGCCGCCUCCCGCUACACGGCACCCGUGCACAUCGAUGUGGGCGGCACCAUCUACACCAGCUCCCUGGAGACGCUCACCAAGUAUCCGGAAUCGAAGCUGGCGAAGCUGUUCAACGGCCAGAUACCGAUUGUGCUGGACUCGCUGAAGCAGCACUACUUCAUCGAUCGCGAUGGUGGCAUGUUCCGUCACAUUCUGAACUUUAUGAGAAACUCAAGACUUCUGGUGGCCGAGGACUUUCCCGAUCUGGAGCUGCUGCUGGAGGAGGCACGCUACUACGAAGUGGAACCGAUGAUUAAGCAGCUGGAGAGCAUGCGCAAGGAUCGUGUACGCAAUGGGAACUAUUUGGUGGCGCCACCCACUCCACCGGCACGCCACAUUAAGACAAGCCCACGGACCAGCACGUCGAAUGACUGCAAUUACGAGGUCGUGGCUCUGCACAUCUCGCCGGACCUGGGCGAGCGCAUAAUGCUGUCGGCGGAACGGGCGCUGCUCGAUGAACUCUUCCCGGAGGCCAGCCAGGCGACACAGUCGAGUCGCAGCGGCGUGUCCUGGAACCAGGGUGACUGGGGGCAAAUCAUCCGCUUUCCCCUCAAUGGCUACUGUAAGCUGAAUUCGGUCCAGGUGCUGACGCGCCUCCUCAAUGCCGGCUUCACCAUCGAGGCCAGUGUCGGGGGGCAGCAGUUCUCCGAGUAUCUGCUGGCGCGGCGCGUUCCAAUGUGAUAGGCUCAUGCUCCUGCUCCUGCUCCUGCUCUAGCUCCAGCUCCAGCUACGGCUCCUACUCCAUCUGCAUAUGCAGAUGCAGAUGCUUCUGUGUCUGGUGCGGGUUUGGCCAGCAGCAGCAGCAGCAGCAGUCGCGGCCAAGUCUCUCUGCGGCGAGGGCGUGUAAUCCAUGUACGAACUAGGCACUAAUUGCUGCUCUAAGGGCAGGUGGCAUGUGGCAACUGGCAUGUGGCAACUGGCAUG